UCUGUUAUUUUGUUCUCUUCUCCAGCUCUAACAGUAAGACAAGCUUGAAGUUCAAGUCUCCAGUGACAAAACAGUUCAAGUCACCUUUGAGUAGAAAUAAUGCUGUGUCUUCCAAUGAGUCUUACGCUGACAUGCAGGCACAGGUAACUGCACUGAAGAAAACCUUACAGGAAACUGAUGCAGAAAUACACAGCUUAGAAACUGCGGGCUACAGGGAGACGGAGCUGCAGUCUCACAUCGAGAAACUGCAUGAAUACAAUGAGAUCAAAGAUGUAGGACAGAUGGUGCUGGGCAGAAUAGCUGUCAUUCAAGGAGUCCAGACUAAGGAUCUUUAUGAGAGAUAUGGACUGAAAUUCAGUGACUGA